GGCACGAGGCAGUCGCGACUCGAGUGGGCUGGGCGGGCACACGUCAAUGCGAACACCAGACGCAGAAUAAGAAGUCAAACCACGCCUGGCCAGCACCAAAAGGAGAAAAAAUAAUUAAAAAUGAAAAUUUGGACUCAACUUCUUUUUCUCAGCUGUACCCUGUGCAUCACGUGGUGCAAUGUUUUUCCAGCUCCAUAUUUCGACGGAGAGGAGAACUUGAGUUUCGCAAACUGCGGCGUUUGGGACAAAAAUGUAAGCAGUAGCUCAUCGUGGCCUGCGUACAUUCGACAAGCAAAUAAGGGUUGCUACGGAAUAAUUAUUUCUCCCAGAUCGAUUCUCUCGGCAAACUGCAGGAUUCAAAAGGGAGGUGGAUCAGAAAUUCUUGCAUACGUUGGAGCGUGUGCGAGUUUUUACACUUACGUGAAAGGCGAAUGCAACAGCAAAAAAAUCAAAGUAGAAGAUGUAAUCGAAAUUAACCACACUCCGAUUCCAGGAGAAAGAUUCACAAUAACUUUUCAUCUUUUUACAACGCAGAAAAUGCCGAGUGAUAUUAUUCCAAUCUGCCUUUUCAACCGCGGCAGCCAAACGGAAAAAUCUGCAGAUUCUCCGUAUUAUGCAUGGCUACGAUUAUUUGGAAGAGGAACUAUUCUUCUGCGGGAAGUGCUUCGAAGUCGAAGAAUUGUUUCCUACAACCAAUGCUUCGCUAAACAACGAACAACAGGUUUGCCGGAUCUGAAUGAGAAGCUACGACAGUCUCCUCAAAGUAGUCUUCUUUGCGUCCAGGAUCCCUAUCCGUAUUAUGAGAGUGCUUUGGUGAAUUCAUACAAAGGUCGGUAUUUCUUGCGAGGAUUCCGAGUGUUUCACUAUCUCUUGAGAGACCUGGAGAACUACAAAAAAUACAUCGAUAUUUUACAAUUUAUUGACACAAUCGCGAAACACGCAAAAGACAUUUCGAUUCUGCCAUCUACUCGACCGCAAGUAAAGCCAGUAAAAGGAUUCAGGGGAUCGGAUAACCUGAGCUUCCCAAAUUGUGGAAGAAAACCUAGAGCGGUGGCAAGAGUGAAACGACAGGAGGCAGGGCAGUAUUUUUUCUUUGGUUACAACGCUCGGCGAGAUAGCCACCCGUGGCACGCCGAGUUGAGGAAUCCCGCGUCUGGUUUGAUCUGCGGCGGCACGCUCAUCUCGAGAAAAGCGGUUCUGACAGCGGCUCACUGCAUUGCUGAAAUGACUGCCAAGGAUUUUCUCGUGACAAUCGGAAUGUAUGAUAAGAGACAAAGAAAUGAUCCGAGAAUACAGACAAAAAUUCCCAGCAGGAUGAUCACCCACCCAAAUUACACGAGUGGGCAGUUCCAUUACGAUGUUGGUCUCAUGAUUUUCGACUCCGGGUUUCAAUUGACUGACAACGUCCGUCCCAUUUGUUUGUGGAAUGAGGACGCGAAUUUGGACCGAGUAGCAGGAAAAUUAGGCGUGGCGGUUGGAUUUGGAAUUCUUGAAGACUACUCCCUUCCCGACAGUCUUCAAGAGGCUCGUCUGCCGAUCAGAUCGAACAAAGAGUGCUUUAGCAGUGACCGCAGCUUUUUUGGAAAACAUUUACGGCCGGGCGACAAUUUCUGCGCCGGCUACAGAAAUGGCACGAGUGCGUGUGUAGGAGACAGCGGAGGCGGCCUCUCGGUUGAGAAAGGUGGCCGCUGGUUCAUUCGAGGAAUCGUCAGCUUCGGGCGGGCCAGACGAGUUAAUUUCAACGGCAAUGUGCAAACUGUGUGCAAUCCGAACAGUUAUUCGUUUUUUGCUGAUGUCGCUUCUUAUUUGAACUGGAUUGUGCAAAAUACUCCAGAUAUUUUCAUUAAGUGACUUUUUUCUAUAACAAAAUUUUUUUGUUUCAAAUAAAUUUGCUUUUUUAUUAUUCACACAAAUUUCUUUGAAAUAAUUAUUUAUGAGGAAAUUUAUAUAUUUGUUUUUCUCCGAAUUACCAAAUUUUAUUUUAUUAAAUUGGCUUGAAACCAA